AUGGUGAACUACGAGCAUCAUGGUGAACCAUAUGUAGCUGAAGAAAUUAUGAAUGAAGCCAAUGACACAGAAGUUGAAACUGUGGGUGGUGGUGCAACAUAUGAACUUAAUAAUGACGAAAGUGGAGAUGAGUCGGAUAGUGAUUAUUCGGAGAAUGAUGAGGAACAACAGGCUUACGAUAAACUCAAAAGCAGAACUUGCCCCCAGGUGUUGAUGUUCUAUGUUGAUCGGGUUGUCAUUUACAAAAGAAUUGUACCUAGAGGUUUGCCAUUGGUAAGAGGGUGGACAAACAAAUUACUACGAGACAGGCAAAAGACAGAAAUUAGAUCUGGCGGAUUCGGGGGUGGGUACCCAAGCGAUCAACACAAAUCAAAUGAAGGCUCGGUCUAUGAAAAUGUUGAGUUUGCUCAAAAUUCAUCAUUUGCACUGGUGGAAGAAGCUCCAAAUACCCAGCUUGAUGGCAAUACCAAUUCAUAUGCAGCUGAAACAUUUAUGUCGGAAUUUUUAAGAAAAAGCAAGAUGGUUGCCGUUGCAAUAGUUGACAUGUUGAGGUUGGUCGAGCAGGCACCUCAUAAACUGAGUGAACACUCUGACUAUAAGAGGGAUGUGCAGGAAACUGAUAAGAGUGAUAGCCCUAUAGUAGUGUUUUCAGAAGAAAUAUUCCUACCAAAUGGUCAGUCCAUAAAUCAAAGAAAUAAGAGAAAGAGGGAACAGCUUGAACACGAGAAAUGGAAAUUGAUAUGCAGUCCACCUUUUGGUACUACUGAGCCUGCGACCGGUAGUGGCAAACAAAAGAAGAAAGUAACAUUUCUUGAAAAGUUUUACCAACAAACAUCCAAAGGAAAUGAACAACAGGAUGUGCGGGAAAAUGAUAAUAGUGAUAGCAGUCCACCUUUUGGUACAAGUGAGCAUGCGAUAGAUAAUGGCAAGCAAAAAAAGAAAGUAACAUUUCUUGAAACGCCUAGCCAACAAACAUCCAAAGGAAAGGAACAACAGAUUUCUAUGAUCGUGCAUCCUGAACACGAGAAUCAUUCAUUUAUGCGGGGUUGUCACAAUAGCAAAGGGGAAUGGAAAUUGAUAUGCAGUCCACCUACUAGUACUAGUGAGCCAGAUAAUGUCAAAGAAAUGAAGGGAUUAACUUUUCGUGAUACGAUUGAGCAACAAAAACUCAAAGGAAAGGAAAAACAGGGAUGAAGCAGUAUUUUCAAGUGGUCACGUUGAGUGUUUGAGACGAGACUUAUUAUCAAUUAGACCAUCACUAUUUGUGAGCACUACUGUUGUAGAUGUCUGGGCAACUGUUUUGAAUAACCUGGAGUUGUUAAGGUCACAUAGCUCGCCACUAAGAUUCUUUUUUACAGUCGAUACUUGUGCUUUCACUAUCGUGAACCCAGCAAAGGACUGGAGCAUCGGAGUGAGACAUAUCAUGUUUUAUGACAGUAUGACAGAACAACUACAAAGAGCAGACCAGCAACUUGAGAACAUUGACAUACUUUUUUUUCCGAUACACCAAGAAGAGCAUUGCUACAUUAUGUGUCUAAAUGUGAAGAAAUUGAACAUUGUGCUGAUUGACAACUCAACUUCUACAACGAAUGGUGCUAUUGAGGUCAAAUACUCUGAUAUACCAAGUACACUGGUUAUGAUGGUCUGUGAAUAUUUGGAUUUGAAGGGGCUAAUGAGCAAAUCUGUUGCCCUAAAAAAAGCAAAAAUUGAAAGAUUGCAACUCCCUUGGGCGUUAGAUAAUAAUAAAAUUGAUUGCGGAGUUUACGUCAUGUGCCACAUGGAGACCUACAUGGGAGAUAGCGUCAAGAACUGGAAAGUUGGGUUGAGAAAGAAUAGUGCAAACCAACUGAAGUACUUAAGAGUGAAGUACUGCGCUACGAUAUUGUCAGCUGAUAUCAACAUUCAUAAGGAACACAACUUGUAUGCGGCAGAUUUGCACUAUAGAAUCUCAAAAUCUAGGGUUUCAAUAGAUGUUGAGAAGUUGUGGAUCGGUCAGGCACAUAAUGAACAGUGACCUUAUUAGUCUUCUUAUGGUAUCUACUGCAAGUUGUUUUGAACAAUUGUUUUGUUUACACUAUUUUGCAUUGAGUACAUUAGUUGCAUAGAUUGAUG